AGUUGUGGGCUGUCUGCACCGAAAAUGCAACGAUUGAUGGCGUUGUCUUGGCCAUGGAUCAGUAACAAAAUGAUCGACGCGUUGACGACACGACAACGCCAACGAUGCGCUGUAAUCGUAAUCCUAAUGCUAAUGGCACUAGGAUCUAUUGCAUCAGCGAGAGCAGCAACGAAGGAAGCCAACUGGCCUGAGCCACUGCACCAAUAUGGCUGGGAUACCAAGGAGCUGAAGAACAAGGUGCAGCAUGGCGAUGUCACCACUUUUGAGCUGGGCACACCCAACUAUCAGAUCCUCAAUCCCGAAGAUGAGCCGGAGUUCAUCACCGAGGAUCAGCCGCAUUAUCGCGAGAUGCUGCGACGCUUGACCAGCUCUUCGAAUGGCACCGAUACCAUCGACAUGGCCAUGCCGGGUGUCGUCUCCAGUGUCAGCGCCAGUGCCGCAGCUGGUGAGGAUUUACCUCGCCGUCCCAAGUGGGAGAAGCUAAGGAAACGCAGCAGCAAUCCCGAUGCACCCAAGCACAUUGAACAGCAGCAGCAGCCAGAACUCGAGAUGGAAGCUGCGUCCCUCGACAAGCGAAGCAUUCAACCCAAGGUUCAGAUCUACGCUGGCGCCAGACCGUUUCAGACUCGUAUCGCCAAUCUAAGUUAAGAGUCAUCUUAAUAUUUAUAUUUAUAGUUUAUACUAAGUUUAUUCUUGGUUGAUCUUGACCCUUGAAUCAAUUAAACUUCAGCUUCAAGUCUUUUAAAAUUUCACAA